AUGAGCGCUUCAAAGGGAAAACAAAUUGUCAUGUUCUUGGAUUAUGACGGAACUCUAUCUCCCAUAGUCGAUGAUCCCGAUCAAGCCUUCAUGUCUGAGGCGAUGAGAGCGACCGUGAGGAGACUCGCAAGGUGUUUUCCGACCGCUAUUGUUAGCGGGAGGUGCCGGGAUAAGGUUUAUAGUUUUGUGCGUUUGGCGGAGCUGUAUUAUGCUGGAAGUCAUGGCAUGGACAUCAAAGGCCCAUCCAAAGGGUCCAAAUAUAUGAAAAGUACUCAAGCUGUUCAUUUUCAGGCAGCAAGUGAAUUUCUUCCCAUGAUUGAUGAGGUAUAUAAAGCCUUGUUGGAGGUGACAAAGUCUAUUCCAGGUGCUCGUGUGGAGAACAACAAAUUUUGUGUCUCUGUACAUUUUCGUUGUGUGGAUGAGAGGAAAUGGAUUGACCUUGCGAAACAAGUUGGAUCAGUGUUGGAAGAAUAUCCAAACCUUCGAUUGACCCAAGGAAGAAAGGUGUUUGAAAUCCGACCUACUAUUAAAUGGGACAAAGGGAAGGCCCUGGAGUUUCUGCUAGAGUCACUUGGAUAUGCCAAUUGUACAGAUGUCUUCCCGAUCUACAUAGGCGAUGAUCGGACGGACGAGGAUGCCUUUAAGGUAUUAAGAGAGAGAGAACAAGGAUUUGGGAUUCUUGUUUCCAAGAUUCCGAAAGAGACAUAUGCGUCCUAUUCUCUCCAAGAACCAUCUGAGGUGAUGGCGUUCUUGCGGCGGUUGGUGGGCUGGAAAAGAAUGUCCUUACGGCGGCAGUUUAGAAUGAGAAGAAGACUUGAAGAAAUCAAUGUUUCUUUACUAAAUAAUUAA